AAAUUAUGUGAAAUAGGCCCUCUUUUUCGUCCUUUUAUUUUUGCGCUGCAAAAAGGGGCUGCACUGCAGCAACAAGCAGCAAAAAAAAAAAAAAACUCAUCAGUUAUUAUUCAUUUCAUCGAUCAUCCUCAUGGAGGCGCAACCCCAACCUCCAACGCCGUCAACCGGACCACCGUUAUCCUCCGUGGCUCCACCACCACCACACCUUAACUACCCCGAUUCCGUUGAUUCCUCCCCUCGUUCCCGCAACAACGACUCAUGGGACGAACCUUUCCCUCCAGCCACAUCCAAACUCCGUCUGAUGUGCAGUUACGGCGGCCACAUCGUCCCUCGUCCAACCGACAAAGCUCUCUGUUACGUCGGCGGUGAUACUCGCAUCGUUGUUGUUGAACGCGCCACCUCACUUGGGGAUUUAUCCACGCGCCUCUCCAAAACCUUGCUUAAUGGAAGACCGUUCACUUUCAAGUAUCAGCUUCCAAACGAAGACCUAGAUUCGUUAAUCUCCGUUUCAACCGAUGAAGAUUUAGAAAACAUGAUCGAUGAAUACGAUCGAACGAAUUCUACGAAUUCGUCUUUGAAACCCUCGCGAAUUCGUCUUUUUCUGUUUCCAUCGAAACCUGAAUCUGCUCAGUCAAUUCCACCGCAAAUUCUCGAUCCUACUGUUAGAUCCGGUGAAUGGUUCUUUGAUACCUUAAACGGUGCCGUUACGUCGCUUAAUCGAGGUUUUUCUGAUUCUGCCGCUUCUUCUGUGAAUCAUCUUUUAGGUCUUGAGGAUGAUGUUGCUGGGAAUAAUCAUAUUGAACAAGGUUCCACUGGGGAAGCUCCUGAUGGUGUUUCUCAACCUGGAUCUUUCGGGAAUUGUAAGAACUUGAAGCAGGAUGUUCAUUCUGUUCCUGAUUCGCCUAUGAUGGAGACUUCUUCGUCCUUUGGCUCGACUUCUUCGUCUCCGUCUUUAGCGAAUUUGCCUCCUAUCAGGGUGCAUGUUGAAGAUGGUGUUUCCGGUGGUGUUAGGGCUCAACAGCAGCAACAAUUGCAGCAGCAGCAGCAGGAUCAAAAGGUUUUGGGGAUUGAUGAACAGUUUGCUCAAAUGGUUGUUGGUGUUGGUGGUAUUGGACAGAGGCUACAGGAUGAGGGUUUUGCUGUCAUGUCUUCACCACCUCAUCCUCCUGUGCCAACUACGCUGGCGGCGGUUGGUGUUCCGAUUGGUUCUGCUGUGGUUGUUGGUGAUUACCAGAAUAGGGUAUUCUCUGAUGAUGAGAGAUCGGAUCAUGGUGUGCCUGUGGGAUAUAGAAAACCACCAACUCCUCAGCCACAGGUUGUUCAAGUUCAACCUCAAGCUCAAAAUCAAGCUCAAACUCAAUCUCAGGCACAGUCACAAGCACAGACACAGUCACAAGCUCCUCAAUUUCAACAAAAGUCAAGUGGUGGUGGCUCGGAUUUGCCUUCUCCUGAUUCAGUUUCAAGUGAUAGUAGUCUUUCCAAUGCAAUGUCACGCCAAAAACCUGUUGUUUAUCAAGAGCAAAUUCAGAUUCAACCUGGAACUACAAGGGUUAGCAACCCUGUGGAUCCAAAACUCAAUUUGUCUGAUCCACAUAGUAGGAUCCAGGUGCAGCAACAUGUACAGGACCCUGGUUAUUUGCUGCAACAGCAAUUUGAACUCCAGCAGCAGCAACAGCAAUUCGAACUCCAACAGCAGCAACAACAGCCUCAACAUCAGCCGCAACAAUCACAACCUCAACAUCAGCCGCAGCAGCAACAACAGCUUCAACAUCAUCAGCAGCAGCAGUUUAUUCAUGGGGGACACUACAUUCAUCAUAACCCUGCAAUUCCUACAUACUAUCCUGUAUAUCCUUCACAGCAACAGCCCCAUCAUCAGGUUUACUAUGUACCUGCAAGACAGCCCCAACAAGGUUAUAAUAUUUCUGUUCAGCAGGCUAAUAUGGGUGAAUCUGCCACAACAAUCCCUUCUAGCAGACCCCAAAAUCCUCCAAACCCCACCACAUUGGUUCAACAAAAUGCAGCUUACAACCCCAUUAGAAGUGCUCCUCUACCCAAAACUGAAAUGACGGCUGCUGCUUACAGAGCUGCAACUGGAGGCAGUCCUCAAUUUGUGCAAGUUCCUACAAGUCAGCAUCAACAGCAGUAUGUCACUUACUCCCAGAUCCACCAUCCGUCUCAAUCCAUGGCUCCUAAUUCUGCUGCCCCUGCCAGUUAUGCUUAUGAAUAUGCUGAUCCUGCUCAAGUAUACUACUCUCAGCCUAUGGCACCCACAAUGCCUUCACAGUAUCAGACCAUGGCAGCUGCUACUAUGAUGCAGCCGGAAGUUCCUGGACAACAUCCAUCAGACGGCAUGAAGCAGCAGAUAAGAACCUCACAGCCACUAUAAGCAAGUUCAUAAAAGAAACAAUUUUGAAAAAUUGGUUUGGUUUCCUUUUAUGUUUUAUAUAUGCAGUUCUCGUUGGGUCGUCGUGUUUGCUACCUGUUUGUGGUAUGUAUUUGCCAUAGAAAAUAAGAAACUGUGUUUAUCUUUGUACUUUUUCUUGUAUUUCAUAAUUCAUAGGAAAGGAAAUCGGUCCAAGGUUAUAUUAUACUGUAUAAGUUGAAGUCUGAAACAUUAUAUUUGUGAAGUUCAAAUAUCAAUUCCUGAAAUGAUUGUCAUAUAAUUUUGCGGGGCA